GUCUUGCUUCAAAAGCGGUGGCUGUUUUUACUGCGGGGGAAGAGAAACAGCCAGAGUUUAGUGAUUAAUCCUCUUUAAAAGAACAGCAGCAAGAAAGAAAACCAGACAUUCCACAGGCGGUUCUGAAGGGGCCACUGUUUGCUGCGAAGGACUUUUUUCUUUUUUUGCUAAGGCAAAAUUCCUGAGUGAGGAGGAGGAAAAGGUGGAAGCGCUUCUGAAGUGUCCUAAAGUGUCCUAUGUCCUAAGUGUCCUCUUCCCUGAGGGUACAAGGAGCCAGCAAUGGAGACGGUUGUGAUUGUGGCCAUUGGGGUGCUGGCGACCAUCUUCCUGGCUUCUUUCGUGGCUCUGGUUGUGGUGUGCAGGCAACGUUACUGCCGGCCCAAAGACUUCUCAAACCAUUAUGAUACCAGGCCCAUCGUUGACUUCAGUGGCACCAUGGAAACCCAGUCUGAACCUUCAGAAUUAGAAUUGGAUGACGUGGUUCUAACAAACCCACAUAUUGAAGCCAUCCUGGAGAAUGCAGACUGGAUUGAAGAUGCUUCGGGCCUGGUCUCCCAUUGCAUUGCUAUCCUGAAGAUCUGCCACACCCUCACCGAGAAGCUUGUUGCCAUGACGAUGGGUUCAGGGGCCCAAAUGAAGCCUCCGGCAAGCCUCAGUGACAUCAUAGUGGUUGCCAAGCGGAUCAGCCCCAGGGUCGAUGAUGUGGUCCGAUCCAUGUACCCACCCCUGGAUCCCAAACUCCUGGAUGCCAGGACAACAGCGCUGCUCCUUUCCGUCAGCCACCUGGUCUUGAUCACCCGCAACGCCUGCCACUCUCCCAGCCGCAUGGACUGGAUCGACCAAUCGCUGUCUGCGGCAGAGGAGCACAUGGCUGUGUUGCGCGAGGCAGCCCUCGCCUCUGAACCGGAGCGCUCUGGGCCCAGCGGCGACGCUUUCCUGCAGGAGCAGUCGACGAUCUGAGGGAGGAAUCCGAAACCCAGAGCUCCUCGGAUGAACGGCUCCCCGACGUUUCCUCCUCUCUUCCCCUCACCUAGCGCCACGGCCAUGAACACGAAGCUUGUGCCGCCCGCUGCGUAGUGUAGUUUUGCUGCACGGUUAGCACCCCAAGAGAUACAGGACUGAAUCUCCGCUCCCUUGCUGUCUUGUUCUAAUUCUCUCCCAUGUGUGGAAUUGGUGACACUGAGGUGGUUUUGAUGCCAGGGGAUGCUGUUGGUUUUUUCCCCACAGCGAGAAGAAAAACGUCAUCUAUUGUUGAAGUACAAAUAAGGCCACAUAAAGGGGUGCUGUGUCAAAAACUGCAAACCAUACGGAUUGCAAAGAGCUACUUUAGGUAUGUCUGGGGUUUGAGGGCGUAAUGAGUAGGAUUUCUGGCUUUGCGUUAUUAUCCGAGACCUUUAUUAUCACAAGCUGCCUUUAAAAGCUCCCUCCAUUUCUGGGAAUGUAGAAAUGUAGUUGGAUUCUAAGGCCUACAGUUUUAUUUAUAUACUCUGAGCCUCCUACAAUCCAAACUGAGGACUACAGAAAGCUGGAAUGUACCACUCUUCUUCUUCCAGUACAUUUCUGGUGCACAGAACCGAUGUUUAAGUUUAAAUUGUGUUGUUGGUUUUUUAACGUUUAAAAUGUAAGCAGAUUCCUCCCUAAUACAGCUUAUGGCACUUCCA